AUUCAGGAUCACCUCACACACAAAGGUGAAACAUUUUCUUGCACACAACUGAAAUGCAUAUUUCAGUGUAUGAGCGCAUUUCAUUAUGAUGUGUGAAAGGAUUUUAGCAGUUUGUGUGUGAGCGUUUCAAUAUGCAUGUCAGUAGUGCGUGUAAGCUUUUUUGGUUUGUAGUAGUGUGAGAGCUUUUCAGCAGCAGCAAUUCGAGAGAGCAUUUGAGUAAUGUGUGAGCGUUUCAGUAGCAUGCAUGAGAGUUUUUCAAUAGUGUGUGUGAGCAUAUCAGUAGCAUAUGAGAGCGUUGCAGUCGUGUGUAUGAAAGUGUUGAUGUCCCAGAGGCCCUCUCAUAGUAAACAGUGCAAAGUUCAAGUAUUGAUCUCCAAGCCGGGGAUGGAUAGAAACAAGCGUAAAAAUAAUGGUUACUUUCAUAGUCUGCGGAGGAGCUGACAUUCCUGAGCUCCUCCUGCACCUCGAGGCAAAAUGUGGGAAACCUGUUUUGAGGUGCGCGUGUGUCGUGUACCCGCAGACAUGGACGGCGUGUUGGACGGCGCGUCAGUGUUGUGCGUCUUCAAGCUGGUGUGCAGCCUGCUGUGCCUGCCCUCGCUGGCGACGUCGCGCAGUCCCGUGGGAUUCUGCAGCUGCUGCAUCCUCAUCUUCACAGACUUCCUGCUCACAGUUUACCUGAGCUUCCUGGGCUUCUUUGAGUCAUGGUUCAUCGAGCUGACGCCGCUGCCGGGCGUCAUCGCUCUGCGCUUCCUGCUCUUCCUGAGCAACACCUACGGCGCCGUGCUGAUGCUCAUCGCGCCCCUGGUCGCCGUGGAGACCCUCACUCGACUCCUGUGGUCGAUGAGAGACGUAGAAGAAGAGGAGGAGGAUGAAGAGGAGGAGGAGAAAGGUGGCUGGCGGUGUUACGCGAUUGGCUACCUGUGCUGUUUGUCGGUGUGGGUGUCGGUGGCGCUCAGCCUGCGGUGUCGAUGGAAGUUGGAGGAGGCCAGGACGGCGGGUUGUUUGGUCGCCGGGGGCUCAUUGAUGCGUUGCCUGCCCAACGUGCUGAGCCCCCUGCCCAGCGGUAUGCGCCCAUGCUGGGGUGCGGCUUUCCUCUACUUGAUCCUGAUCCUGCUCACAUGCUUGCUUCUUCUCAUCAGACGAACAAUGGCAGGCCACGGCCACGAGGAGAAGGGACACACGAUGCCGCCUCUCGAGUGGCCACACAGGCGUCAGUGGUGGGGUUCGGACUUGAUGCUUGCCUCGCUGGCCGUGAUCGGCGUCCUGGUGCUUCCGCUUUAUCUCGGCGUCAACAUCCUCCUGCUAAGGAGCGUGGAGACCCUCCUGGAGACCUGCAUGAGCUUCUUUUUGGGAUCCGCCCCCCGGGGCUCCACGCCCGCCACGCCGGUGUGAAGCGAUUGGACACCUGAUUUAAACGGGAUUACGGGAUUACUACGAUGUGGGCACAGUGUUUACAUGCGGGGAUUGGAGUCCCAGCGAGAUGCUGAGGAGGCAGGUUGAGGGAGGCUAGCUGGCUAAAGCCGAGGAGGAUUACAGGAAGACGACGCAGCGACACAGGCGUUAUGAAAUAAAAGUAUGUCCAUACGUGUGAAUCUGAGUGUGAAUUGUUGUUUCACCACAAUAACGUUUAAAGUUUUCGAUAAAUGUCGCAAGAUGGCAGCAAAGCACUACUUUUCAGCUAGACGGCGCUUUAGACUGUCAAAAUGAAGAUGCCACAUGAUGGCGCCAAAACAUUGGACUAACUAAAUGAAGCUCCUCCCCUCAAUUCAACAUAGUUUUUUAGCACACGGACAGAACCAAAGCAUUGGACUGACUAAAUGAAGCUCCUUGCCUCACAUCAAUGUAGUUCCUUGGUACCAAGACGGCGCCAAAGCAUUGUACUGACUGAAUGAAGCUCCUCCCCUCACUUUGACAUAGUUCCUUGGCAGCUUCCCCCCUCUCACGUCAACAUCAUUCUUUGGUGUCGGAAAGACUAAAGUGCUGGACUGUCUACCUGAAGCUACUCCACUCACUUCAACAUAAUUCCUUGCUACAAGAUGAUGCCAAUGCAAUAAAUGUGUCUUAGACAGGGCCUGAGUGCAAUAACGGCAGAUAGAAGUUUUUCAGUGAAUAAUGGAGGACAGGUUUCCCAAAAAUCUGCAAAUAGCGAAUUGUGAAAAUUCGGGGGUUCACUAGUCAGCUGGGAUAGGCUCCAGCGCCAUGGAAAAUGGAUGGUGGAUAAUAAAAACAUCCAGAAGGACAAAAAGUGCGGCAAAAAAGGAUAUACAGUACUAAUUGUUUAAUGCUGCUUUUGACUGUUACAACUAAAAAUAUAUUAAUAUAGUAAUAGUAACAAAAGAAUGACAUCUUUAAAAUCAAACACUGGGCAGACUGAUUGGUCAGAUAAAACAAGAGGCGUGGCCAAAGAGGUCUGUUUAAACAUAUUGUAGUGAGACGCAGGUGAGCAAACAAAACAAUGGGUGGAUGAUGGAUAAAACCACAACACAGGAAAUUACAUGGAAAGUUCCACAGUAUGAAAUUUAUCUUAAAAUAAAAAAAAUCUGGAAAUUAUUAUUUUAGUAACAAUAACAACACAAAGUGUAAAAACUAAAAAUGAAUUUGAGAAAUUAGCCAUGUGAAAUAGCAUUUAUUUAAAUAUGCCGAAAUAACGUUUCAAAAUAAAAUUAGGUAAUAGUUGAAUUCCUUUUUUUUUUUUUUUGUUCCAUAAAAAGUGUAAAAUAUUUGGGCAGCACAGUGUACUAGUGGUUAGCACGCCUUCCUUACCGUUCUGAGAUUCCGGGUCCAAAUCACCUCUGACCUUCCUGUGUGCCGUUUGCAUUCUCUCCCUGUGCUUGCGUGGGUUUUCGUGGGGUAUUUCGGCUUCCUCCCACAUUCCAAAAACAUGCACCCUGCCUUCAUUGGAGACUUUGCGGGUGUGAAUGUUAAGUCUAUUUGUCUACAUGUGCCCUGCGUUUGGCUGGCCAACAAGUCACCCAAAGUCAGGCAGGAUAGGCUCCAUCUCACCCAUGUGACCUUAAUGACGACUGAAGUGCUUUUAAAAAAUGGAUGGUUUAUUUGAAAAUUAACAAUGUGCAAUAUGUAUGCCAAUUUUGUAUUAAAUUCAUUUAAAUAUGAA